AUGUAUCUUCAUCAGUAUGACUAUAUCUUCGCCAUCGGCACGCUGUUUGCCAUGUUGGAUGCCUACAACAAUGGUGCUAACGAUGUCGCCAACUCGUGGGCAACCAGUGUCUCCUCGAGAUCCAUCUCGUACCGACAAGCAAUGGUCCUCGGUACCAUCUUCGAGUUCCUAGGUGCGGUCACUGUCGGAUCCCGGACAGCAGAUACCAUCAAGAACGGUAUCAUCCCUCUUGCCGCCUUCGACAACAACGCCGGUGUCCAGAUGAUGGCCUUCACCUGUGCCUUGGCCGCCGCCUCAUCUUGGGUGAUGUGGUGUACCCGACACUCCGCUCACGUCUCCUCAACCUACUCUUUGAUCUCGGCUGUGGCUGGUGUUGGUGUCGCAACUGCUGGAGCCUCUCAGGUUCAGUGGGGAUGGAACAACGGCAAGGGAUUGGGUGCUAUCUUUGCGGGAUUGGGAAUGGCUCCUGUCAUCUCAGGCUGCUUCGCAGCUAUCAUCUUCAUGCUUAUCAAGGUGGUUGUGCACAUGCGUCGCAACCCUGUCCCAUGGGCUGUCUACAGUGCACCCCUUUGGUUCCUUGUCGCUGCUACCAUCUGUACCCUGUCUAUCGUCUACAAGGGUUCUCCCAACCUUGGCCUGAGCAAGAAGCCCGCCGGCUGGAUCGCCGGUGUGACUCUGGGUACUGGUGGUGCUGUCUGCCUUCUUUCGGCCUUGUUCUUCGUUCCCUAUGUGCACGCUAAGGUCAUCAAGAAGGAUCACUCCGUUAAGUGGUGGAUGGUCAUCAUGGGUCCUCUUCUCCUUAACCGUCCUACCCCCACCGAUGCCGAGGAGGCGAAGGUUCCCAACUACGCCGUUGUCCAGGAUGAGUACGACGAUGAGGCCUCGACCCACGAGGCUGGCUCUAUUGAUAAGGAUGCUCAGACUUCUACCCUCCCCGCUGAGGACCGCGAGAAGAACAUCAUGCAGGUUGAGGCUCACCAGCCUAGCUACCAGGAGGUCAUGGCUGCCUCCGAGGCUCGUCACCGCAACAAGCUUCUCCAGAGCCGCGGUCCUCUCGGCUGGGCUAUGCGCUUCCUCCGUGAUAACCCCAUGGGACCUGGUGAGCUUUACGAGCUGCGCAACAUCUGGAUGCUCCUCAAGCGUAUUCCUCCCACCAUCGUCUGCGGUCUUCUGUACGGUGCUCACUACGAUAUCCACUCUGCCCAGAGUGGUAUUGCCGGUACACCUGAGGGUGAGCGUAUGAAGCGUGUCUACGCUGCUGCUGAGAAGUACCCCAACGAAGUCGAGCACACCUACUCCUUCGUUCAGGUUCUUACUGCCUGCACUGCCUCCUUCGCUCACGGUGCCAACGAUAUUGGUAACUCCGUCGGUCCCUGGGCUGCCAUUUACUCUGCCUGGUCCACCGGUGAUGCCGCCGCUUCCAAAUCUCCCGUCCCUGUCUGGCAGCUUGCUGUUCUGGCUCUGUGUAUCUCCGUCGGUCUGGUUACUUACGGUUACAACAUCAUGAAGGUCAUGGGUAACAAGAUUACCUACCACUCCCCCAGCCGUGGUUCCUCUAUGGAGAUGGGUGCCGCUAUCACCGUCCUUGUCUUCUCCCAGUACUCCCUUCCCGUCUCGACCUCGAUGUGCAUCACUGGUGCUACUGUCGGUGUUGGUCUGUGCAAUGGUUCCUUCAAGGCUGUCAACUUCCAGCGUGUUGGUCUUUUGCUGCUUGCUUGGAUCAUGACAAUUCCUAUUGCUGGUACCCUGGGUGGUUGUCUUAUGGGCCUGUUCCUCAAUGCCCCACACUUUUAG